AUGACACUUUCUGAGAUUCCAACAUUCACAUUACCAAAAACUGGUGAUAAAAUCCCAAGUUUAGGAUUUGGAUCUGGUACAGCAUGGAAAAUCCAAAAAAGGGCAAGACCUGAAUCAGAAAAGAAUGAACCAGUUGAAGAAUUGAUCCAGGGUAUUUCAAAUGCUAUAUCAGCAGGGUUUAACCAUAUUGAUACUGCAGAAGCAUAUUCAACCCAUUAUGAAGUUGGACAAGGGAUCAAAAGAUCUGGAAUUCCAAGAUCAGAAUUAUUUAUUACUGAUAAAUAUAGUCCAGGUUCACCAGGUACUAAAAAGACUUCAGGUCCUUAUGAAACUUUACAAAACGCUUUAAAGACUUUGGAACUAGAUUAUGUUGACCUAUAUUUAUUACAUACUCCAAGAAUAUCACCUGAAACUGUUGGAAUUACAUUAGAAGAAGCUUGGUUACAAGUUGAAAAAUUGUAUAAAGAUGGGUUAGUUAAAAAUGUUGGUGUUUCAAAUUUCUCUAUUGAAUAUUUGGAAAGAAUUAAUAAAGUUGCAACGAUUAUCAAGCCACAAGUUAAUCAAAUUGAAUUUCAUGCUUAUUUACAAGGUCAAACUCCUAAGAUUUUAGAAUAUGCCAAAGAAAAUGAUAUUUUAAUUGAAGCUUAUUCUCCAUUAGCUCCAUUAUUUAGAGCUCGUCCAGGUCCAUUAGAUAACAUCUUAGGAGAAUUGGAAACUAAGUAUGGCAAGAGUGAAUCACAAAUUUUAUUGAGAUGGGUUUAUCAAAAUGGAAUUGUUCCAUUAACUACAUCAUCUAAGGUUGAACGUUUACAAAGUGCAUUGGAAAUCUUUACAUUUGAAUUAGAACAAGAAGAUUUUGAUAAAAUCACUUCUAUUGGUAAAGAAAAAAUUGCACGUCAUUUUGCUUCUGAUUUAUAUGGUAAAUAUGACAAUGAGCUCUACAACUGA